AUGAGUGAUGGGGUGAACGUGGGUGACCCUUGGGCCGACUACCUCAACCAGAAGAACAAACAGGGUGACAGUGCCACGAACAGGCGGGGCGAGAACAAGGAGGAGGCGAAGGGGCUCAGCGAGGAGGAUCAGCGCACACUCAUUGUCGGAGGAUGGCUCCCUGACACUAGGAGGGCCAAGAUCGAGGAAGAAGCCAAGGAAAUCCUCGACCGGGAAGACUUGCAGCACCUCAUCGAUGCCGAUAAGCUCAUGGUCUUUGGCCCUCGCCGCAGCUUCGGGAUGCUCAGGUUCCACUUGCGCCAAGGUGAGACGAUGCCUGAUCUCAAGAAGAGGAUGUGGGAGGUUGUGAGCAAGAUCCGAGGGGCCAAAAUCGUAUUGGACAGUACUCGAGGUGAGCAUGGAUCUGGCGGGAAAGUUGCCUGGGCCUCCUUCCUUAAAACGCCUGAGGCUCGACGUAGGUCUGCGCUGUGCUCACUCACGAGAAGGAUCGCCAUGCAGCUUGCUUCCAUUGGUGGGGGGACUAAGAAUGAGGCAGCCCUUGUACCCGAGAGUUACGAUGUUGACUGGGGGACCGGGACCAUUUGGAAUGGGGAGCUGAAGCUUGCCAGCGCCACCCACAGAAAGGACAAUAACAGGGGAGAUGACUUCUACGUGCUCCCGCAGGGAUGGGUUGACCUUCGAGCGAUUACCUCCCUCACGGGUGUCGCAUGGGAGGAGGCUGUGGCAGCCUUUCAGCGCGAGCUUUGA